AUAUCAGUAGUGGACGCAGACGAGCGUCGAUCAGACUAUUUCUCAAUCGACGCUGAUGAUGGUGUUUCUCUUGCGGCAAACGCUAGUGGCACUUUUCCCUUUAGUUUUCGAGCCAACCACUUAAACUCUCUGAAGAAUCGAAGAGGUAGCCGAAUUUCGGACUAUCUUGAAACGCUUGGCAGUGGUCGGAAAAGUCCGACGAGCUUCCAUUCGGCGGGCACGGAUGCAGACGCAGAAGUCCAAGAAGUUUCCUUGGAUAUUUCAUCUUUCCUUCUCAAUGGAAGAGACUCGAGAUCUAGCGGCCGGAGCAGUUUAACGGGUUCCCCAACCCUUGUUCAAAAAACCGUCAAUUACGAAACAGAACGAGAGAAUGUCACGGACCAUUGCUUUGGACUAUAUUCAGAAAGCAACGUCGACGAAAAGGCAAUGGACACACACAGUAGUUCAUUGAAUCAAGCUGCGCGUGUUCAGGAGCCUUCAACAACAGCUUCUAAUUCACGGUUGCGACGUACUCUAGUGCAUCCAGAACGCCUGUUCAAAGUUGUCAUUGUAGGAGACUCCGCUGUCGGAAAAUCUUCUUUGAUCAACCGUUUUUGCCGAGGUCACUUUGUAUCAUCCUUUAAUGCUACAAUAGGGGUUGAUUUCCAGGUGAAAUCGGUAAUUGUAGAAGGACGUUCUGUGGCAUUGCAGUUGUGGGACACCGCAGGGCAAGAAAAAUUUCGUGCAAUAACCCAACAGUAUUUUCGCAAGGCUGACGGUGUUAUUAUUGUGUACGAUGUUACAUCUGAGGAGUCGUUUAAAAAUGUACGCGCGUGGAUCAGCACCUUGCAGGAUGGAACUACGGAUAAAGUAACCUUAAUGAUAGUGGGAAACAAGGCGGAUAUGGAUACUGCCCUUCGUAUGGUGUCCUUUUCAACGGGACAAAAGCUUGCUCAUUUUUUACAGCUUCACGGAUAUAAUAGACGUAGUAAAUAAAAUAAGGAGGUCGAAGGUUGUUGAAACAAGACUGCGAUGGGAAAAUUUGACAAGGAAUCUACACUAGCUCUUCACCGUUACGGUCGUAGUAAUGACUCAACGUGGUGGUCCAGAAAGUUCCUAGCGACAAAGGGCAAUACUACAUUGAUUUAAAAUACGUUUACUGAUUUACUUAAUAAGCAUUUCUAUUAUUUUUACAAAAAGUGCCAUUAAAUCAACAAUAUUUAUAAACAAGGGAACCAUAAUAAUCUAUAGCAAUUUAUGACUGUAACCAAAUAUACUGAUUCCAGUGAUACAUCCAUCUUAUGAACCGUUCUGGAAACGCAUCAAGGCAAGAUAUUUUUUUGCCGAUUCUUUUGGCACUCAUACAGUUGUUUCUAUCUGUCCAAAAAAUAUUAAUAAGUCACUCCAUAUUGUCCCAGUAAAAUAAAUGCUAUCCCAUUCCGGCACAAGACAAAUAAUGAUGACGUAGUAAAGAGCACAACAGUAUUUCUGUGUCGACAAAAUAUUGUCUUCUUGUAUUUUUACAUAUCCGUUAUUAUUCAAAAUAAAUUUGAUGCGACAAUGAAAAUGCAGUAGUUAAUUCUGUCCAAAUUUGAGGGUAGGCCACGGGGGAGCCGCGGUUUCGACCCAGAGAGGUCUAAUAGAAAUGGCCUGAUUGGUUUAAGGCCAAAUCUUCGUUUUAAUGAAGAGAAAGAACCAUCAUUGUAGGAAGCGCAGAACUGGUCACAACGAUCAGCCGAGCGAUCGGGUCUAGGUAAAUAUAAAGUGAAGCCCGGUUUAUAUAAAAUGUUUCUUAAAGAGCACGAAAACUUGAUGCAAAAAGAUCUAUAAAAAGCCUGCGUUUUGAGUUCAAACCUAACUGUCGGAGAGCCUUUAGUAUUCAUAACUGCGGCAAUGACUUCCUUGAAAAGUUUUUAAGUUAACGUGUUAUUGCUUCGGCUCAAUUUGGUCAUCGAUAAGUACGCGCGUUACCGCCAAUGUCAGAAUAAAAUGAAUUAUGCUCUGAUAUGUCAAGAAGAAUUUCAUUUGUAGUUGUUGUGAAACUAAAAGUAGAGUGCUCCAAAGCACAUGUUUCAGUUUAACCGCUGUCGGAUCUGUAUUUUGGCUCUUUACCCAUGUAAACAUUAAUAGUCUUUUGCAUUGCUUAGCUUAUAAACUUACCUCUCAGUUCAUUUACAUCUUUUUAAGUUUCAACAAUGUGUCAGGAUCUCGUCCUUAUCAUAAUUAUGUCCCGUUUUUUACCCUAAUUUAAUCCCAAAAGCAAGACGCUACGUAGGGGAUGUAUUGAGUGCAUGAGUCCUUGACCGUUGUUAAGCGUUAUUAUUGAGAACGGUGCAUUCUUUUUAAGAAGACACCUUUUACGAAGAGCCCUACGACUCGGAUAGCUUGUAACGGCAUCUAUGGCAUUGAUAAUACCACUUAUAUAUGGAAAUCCGUAUCCUCCGUUAGAAAAAACGGAAACGUUUCCGGUCUGUUUGAUGAACCCGUUUAAUGUACUUGCACCCAGGCAUAUGUUGACAUUUCGAAGUGUAAGUACCCCUCUCAAAACCGAACCAUUUCAUUUGAACAAUUUCCUACAAAUAAAAUAGACGUACGUACACAAUUGGAAACGCAAGAUAGAUACCCAGCAAGAAAACGAUAAAAAAAAAGUUCCUGAGAGACCCCUCGCAAGUUAAUGUGUGAUACUGAAUAUUUCCCUUAGAGGUUAUGCUGUGAACUUAGUGCAAUUAGAAUAGUACAAACAUGAUAUAUAGUAAAUGACUUCAUCACCACCAAAUUAACGGUGUGAUCGAGAAUAUGAAGAGAAAAUUUAACUCAAAAUAACUUCCAAUCAAAAGCCUAUAGAAUCAAAGACCAAGUUAGAUAACGCUGUCUAUCGAAACAGAGUCUUUAGACACACCAACCAAAACUAUACUGGACUUUUUGUCAAAAUGUCCCAUCUCACCCAUUAUCUAGGCCUAAUUUUCUCCGUAAGAUUGCCGUCUGCGUUGUUCCCUUUGAUUCUACUUAAUGUCAAAUUAUUCGGUUCUUUAUAUAGCAAAAUAGGUCGUCAAAAAUUUUUUAUACAGGUGCAUAGAUCAACAAACCGAAAGCGUGGACAGAGCUUCAUGGAGAACUAGUGUAAUACCAUGCCAAAAAAUAAGGUGAAGACGACUGGAAACGUUUUUAAGUGAAAUGCUGUGCUUUGUCAAAAAUAUGUAAAAACAUUAGUACAUAUUUGUACGUUUAUCUAACUAUCUGGUAUCAGUAUUAUCCAUAGCAGUUAUCGAGUGUAUGCCUUUAUUCCGCAGUGUUUUUUAUUGUAUAUUGUUAUAAGCCAUUAAUAUCGUCAUUGGUAUUGGUAAUAGCGUUGUAACUUCAACAUUUUUAGUUUCGUUGUAAUAUUGUAGGGUGACUUCUAACGCAACAAUACAUUUACAGUUUUUAUAAUUGAAUUUUUAUCCUGCAGGAGAUAAUGUUGCGUUAACGUAUUUCCAGCUAAGCCUUUUGCACUAAUAUUUUCUUGAAAAACUGUUUUGUGCCACUGGUCUCCCUUAGAAUGAUAGAACCAUCUUCCAUGAUUUCGCAAGCUUCGAUAUCCUUAUCAUUAACAUCUUUUCAAAAAAAAAAACAAACAAAAGUGUAUGUGGCUGAAAGUAUAUUGAAAUCGACUUUUAAGUAAAAACUAAGCUUUAGGUAUAUUUAGGUAUUUUUUAUUAUUUUUUUUACGUUUCUCCUAACAUAUUUUUUCAUAGCUACAAAUAUGGGCGAUUAUUUUCAUUUAUCUACAUAUACACAAGCCUAUUAUUAGCUGCCCAUAUGUCUAUGCUCAUACCGUUAAGUAAUGCCUUUCCGCUUUUUCUGUUUUAAGCUUUUUCUUCUGCAAAAUCACAAAAUUUUAAUAUGCCACGUUACUUUCAAGCCUACACAAUUAGGAACAAUAAUAAAAGACGGGUCUUCAUUAUUAAAGAGUAAUAGGAACUGUCAUAAUUAUUUGCACACUUCUAAUUCAAGAAUUCAUUAUAUCAGCAAAGCACACAUUGUUUAUCAAUCACCGUUACAUUCGAAGCAUGCUUUAUUGUUACCUUUAUGCCGUAACCAUAAUUGUUUCUCACUCCUUU